CUUGUUAACUGGAUCAGCUUUAGCUUGGUUCGCACCUUUGUUGGAAAAGCAAUCUGAGCUUCUAGAAGACUUCGGAAAACUGGUCAAAGAGUUUGAGGCAACGUUUGGCGACGCUGACAAACAGAUUGCUAGCGACCUAGACUGGGGUGAAGCAGCACUGGUCGACCAGUUCAGAACCAGGUUACGAGAUGACCGUUCCAGAGAUUCAGGAUCAGAAAGACACCAAACCUUAGCACCUAGCAAUCUAGCAAGCUCUGUCACGGAACCUAUGCAAAUUGAUGCUGUCGAUAUAAGCCACUGUCCAUUGGAGAGAAGGAACAAAAACGUUAAAAUAGUAACUUUAGUCAACUCUGGUGUCUCCGCUUGUUUUCUAGACACUACUUUCGCUCAAGAAUAUAACAUACCCAUUUACAAAAAAGAACUACCAUUUUCAGUAGAAGUGAUCGAUGGCAGAAAAAUCUUUUCUGGAAACGUUACUCAUGAAAUGGGACCCUUACUUGUAUGCCUUCAAGACCACUAUGAAAAAAUGUCGUUUAAUCUUAUUUCAUCACCCCAUUAUCCAAUAAUCUUGGGCUUACCAUGGCUUGACUUACAUAACCCUACAAUUAACUGGCGUGAACGUUCCAUAAUCUUUUUCGAUCCAAUGUGUAAAGAGCACCAC